CUUUUCGUGACGCGUUUGGUUUUAUUUCGUUUCCUGGUUAGACCAGAAUCGGCAGAAAUUUCCCCCAUCGGCAUCCAGUGAGGAAUGAAUUAAGAACGCUUUCUUCUAACUAGGUUUUUGCUUAACUUCACUAUGGUUGUUACGGCUGAAGUGCUUCGUGAUAAACUCUUGAAAGAGCUUGAAGCCGUACAUGUGGAGAUUGAAGAUACAUCCCCAAACAGAUGUGCGGCCAGCUUCAAAGCCCUAAUAGUGUCCUGCCAGUUUGAGGGCAAACCACUGCUACAGAGACACAGGCUCGUCAACGGCUGUUUAGCUGCAGAGCUGAAAGAAAUCCACGCAUUUGAACAGAAGACUCUCACACCGGAACAGUGGGAAAAGCAGAAAUCGCAGUGAUGAACGCACACAUUGAAACAUGCACUGAUACGUUUACGGUCGAGUUACAUAGUGUAAUUUAACAAAGUUACUCCAAUGUAUCAUACAGUAUUAGUAAUGAUGGAUUUAACUUUCAAUGAGUAAAUCUUUCCCUUCCUCCUUGCUGUCUUCAUUUGAUUAACACUAUGGUUUUUGUAAUGGUCACUGGAUAAGGUUAAGGAGUUUUUUACUUGAGUUGGCAUUAUUCAAAUUGAGGAUAUUCGUUAAGCCUAUGAGUUAUCUAUAAUGCAAUACAGUGAUACAGGCCAUCAUGUUUUAGUCACUAAGCCACCAGAGACGGACAUCCCAAAUGUUCAGGUUCCAAAAAGCAAUCAUUUGCAAUCCACAAUAAAUGCGUACAAAUAAAAGACCA